GAAAAAACUCCUUGAUAACAAGCCUUAUGGCUUAAGGAGUUCUCGGGUCUCCCCCAUAAUUCAUUUUUUUUAAUCUUUAUACUCAACGAACCCGAAUGCAUACACUCAUACGUCUCCACUCUUAGGAUGCGAUAUGAACCGCAGAGUACAAUUCGGUUCAAAAAUGUUUUGUCCAACAAGAGGCAGGAAGAAUUUCACGGAAGGCAGAGAUAAGUGCUCAAGAGCUGGCUAUACCUUAGCCUCGAUAUCAACAUUCGUUGAUUAUGUCGACACAAUGCGGGCUAUAGAUCAGAUAUUUCUCAACUGGGCAUCGUGGACAUAUCUAAGCCUGCAAAAUCCGAACAAGAAAGAAUGUCACUCAGAUCAAACAAAUGAUUGCAAUGGCUAUUUGCAAGACGCUUACGGAAAUGUUUUGCAAGACCUAAAGCAUGUGGCCGACUUGAAAAUCAAAGAUAUUCGUCAAAGAACAUGCAUUCGAUAUGAUAUUAAGGAAAAUGAAUUCGAACCUAUUUUGUGCUCUAACAAUAACCACAUCCUUUGUCAAAGAAUUAAGGGACCACCUGAUUGUGGACAAAAUCAAGCAUACUACAAAUUUGACGUAAAGUCAUCUUUUUGGGAGGCAAAACGAAACUGUGAAGAAGUUGGUCUACGUUUAAUUACUCCGAAUUCAAAGCACGAUUUGGAAGUAAUACAGAGUACCAUUGGUGGUGAGUUCGAAUAGGGUUUUAUGAUUUUUGAAAACUCUAAUUGCCAUCAGGUGCUUUAACUUCAUGUUAGAUGUUGA